AUCUUGGCUUUGUUCUCGAUCGUCAUUACGUUGAUCCGCCUUUGUCACGAGUCACGACUAUCCCCACUCUUCGUCUUCCCCCCAAUUAACCCUCAGGACUUCAAUUAUCACCCCGUUCGCCUUGCCAACUUACGCCUUCGGUCUGCUCAGCUUUUCAUACGCCUUGCUUAUCCUCACGCCCCCGCUAGCCUUCCCAACUCCUUCGCGCUCUUGGUGUUAACUCACUCAUUUGCCUCGUCUCACUUUCAAAACGAAUGUCCUACAUAG